UAGAUAUCCCAGAGUUCCCGGCGACGUCGGCCCUUCCGCCGCGGCAGCCAUUGCGAAGCUGCAACCAUGGCUCUGCGCUACCCCAUGGCCGUGGGCCUCAAUAAGGGCCAUAAGGUGACCAAGAACGUGAGCAAGCCGAGGCACAGUCGCCGCCGCGGGCGCCUCACCAAGCACACCAAGUUCGUGCGGGACAUGAUCCGCGAGGUGUGCGGCUUUGCCCCCUACGAGCGGCGCGCCAUGGAGCUGCUCAAGGUCUCCAAGGAUAAGCGGGCCCUCAAGUUCAUCAAGAAAAGGGUGGGGACACACAUCCGUGCCAAGAGGAAGAGAGAGGAGCUGAGUAACGUCCUGGCUGCCAUGAGGAAAGCGGCUGCCAAGAAAGACUAAACACCCCCCUCCCUGUGUGUAAUAAAAGGCUUUGCAGAUA